UUUGCGACAUAUUCUGGAUCACUCCGAAUUUAAAACCACGUGCCCUUGAAAGACUCGCUUCUCAAGCGUUGUUGGAGCGGCUCUUCACUGCGAUGCUGUAGAGCGAGCAGACAGAAGAGCAACCAUGGGACUUGUGAUGACGGUGGUCCACUUCGUGAAGAACGUGAUGAACUUUUUCACGGAUAUUUUUCUGACCUCCCCGCUGACCGCGACUCUGGAAUAUUUAGAAGACACGGAUCUUAAACCUCUUAAAGGAGAAAUGAAGCUCUUCAAGGCCAAACGUCUGUGGGAGCGGACUGGGGCUGUCGUCAUGGCAGUGCGGCGACCAGGAUGAUUUUUAUGCAGAGAGGAAGCUGCUGAGCUGUCCUCUCUGAAGCCCCAGCUGGACAGACUCGGGGUUCCUCUCUGCGCUGUAGUGAAGGAAGAUGUUGGCGAUGAAGUCCAGAAUUUCCAAUCCUACUUCAAGGGAGAUAUCUUCUUGGAUGAAAAGAGGCGGUUUUAUGGGCCCAGAGAGAGGAGAAUGGGUCUGUUGGCCUUCCUACGAAUUGGGGUGUGGAUGAACGGUCUGAGGGCGUUUACGUCAGGCUUCAUGGGAAAUGUGUUCGGGGAAGGCUUUGUUCUUGGAGGGGUUUUUGUCAUUGGCCCAGGACAGCAGGGGAUUCUGCUGGAACACAGAGAGGUCGAGUUUGGAGACAAAGUCAAUAUUGAAGAUGUCAUGCAAGCUGCCCGAAGAGUGUCUAACUAAUUCUUUGGAUCACUGUCACCCUACUUUAGCAAGAAUUUGUAAAACUGUAAAAGUAAGGCAUGGUAUUUUCUUUUGUAAAUCAAGUGAUAUAAACCAUCACAUGCCUCGUGUUUGAAAAUAUCACCUGGAAAUGUCUUGUGUUCGGUGUUCUUGUCUUCAGUGUGCCAUGAUGACAUCUACUGUGUGACUAUUAAAAGUAUUCCUGUUAUAAUGAUGGUUUGCUUCUAAACAUGGCCGAGGGAGCAGACUUGAUGAUGCAAGACAGCAGAUACUUGAAUAACUGUGAUGCCGUACUGUCGUCAUGGAGUCAGAAAAUCAUUCAACAUUGAACAAUAAAACAUUUGAA